AUGAAUUCUCCCGGCUCAUUCAAGGACACCUACGGGCCUGACUAUUACCGACGAAUACACGACGAGACCUUCUGGGCAAGGCUGACGGAGCCGAGCGUCGUCGUUUCCCUCUUUGCCUUUGUCGUAACCGCCGUUUACUCGAUCUUUGGCGCCUCGGCUGUUCCAACAGCCCUCCUGUCCCGCGCCGGUCGGACCCUCUGGGACGUACUCGUCUGGCUUAUUCCGUUCGACGCCCUGACCCUUCUGGAAGGUUGGCUACAUCCGCCGCUGUUCCCGCGACCGAUGCUCCAAAACCAAGCGAGAACACACGCCGCGAAGAGCGAGCUCCUCAAGAACAUACUAGGCAUGAACAGGCAGGGAGGUAUCAUGGGGACGGUGUCCCAGGCCGGCAUCCGGGGGCUGUCAUCCGUCUCCGGCGCCGUCAUGAGCCUCAAGGGGUCCAGCGAUUACCCGCCGGGUCUGGGGAACCUUGACAACUCGUGCUACCAGAACAGCAUUCUCCAAGGGCUCGCGUCGCUGAAGCCGUUCCCUAAAUACCUGGCCGACCCUGUUCAGGACCCUGAGAUUGACCGCAGAAAGGUCGAGGCCGUGGAUACGCUGCGUGGUCUGAUUGAAGACCUCAACAACGCUCGAAACUAUGGGAAAACGUUGUGGACUCCCGGGUCGCUCAAGAACAUGAGCACAUGGCAGCAGCAGGAUGCGCAGGAGUACUUUUCGAAGUUGUUGGAUGAGGUGGACAGGGAGAUUGCCAAGGCAGCGAAAGCAACGCAGAAGUCUACGGGAUUCGAGCCGGAAUGCGCAAACGACGACACCGCAACGAGCCAGCAUAGCGACGACAGCGGAUACCAGAGUCUGUCGACGGUUUCCAAAAUUAGUUCGGCGAAAGUGCUGCGGAAUCCCCUCGAGGGAUUGAUUGCGCAGCGGGUUGCCUGUGUGGAAUGUGGUCACUCAGAUGGGCUGUCGAUGAUUCCCUUUAACUGCUUGACCCUUAGUCUAAACUUGAGCGGUAACGACCACGAUCUAUACGAGCUAUUAGAUGUGUACGCGCAUAUCGAGCCGAUUGAAGGUGUUGAGUGCGGCAAGUGUACGCUGCUGAAGGCGAAGCGACUAUUGACGUUGCUAGUCGAGAGAGCGGAGGCGUCCUAUACGGAUGAGGAGAAGCUUAGGGAGCCGAAACUACGCCUCGCGGCUGUCGAGGAGGCGCUGGAUGAGGACGAUUUCGAGGACAAGACCCUUACCGAGAAGUGCAAGUUCCCGUCCCAAUUCAAGGUCUCGUCGACCAAAACGAAGCAAGCCGUUAUUGCUCGCCCCCCACAGAGCCUCGCCGUCCACAUGAACCGGUCCGUGUUUGACGAAAACACCGGCAUGAUGUACAAAAACUCGUCGGGUAUUCGGUUCCCGUUGACGCUGGAUCUUGGCCCGUGGUGUCUAGGCAGUGCCAGCAACAGUCGCGAAUCGGAAGAGGAGCAGUGGCUGCUGGACCCUAGAUCGUCCAUGAUUGCCGGUGACAAGCGCAAAUCCUACAUAACCGGACCCAUCUACGAACUGCGGGCUGUGGUUACCCACUACGGUAGGCACGAGAACGGGCAUUACGUUUGCUACCGCAAAUUUCCUCGUUUCUCGCCGCCUAGGGACGCUGAUGAGGCACCAGUCAAGUCCGAGACCUCGGAUGACAAUACGGAGACGGACUGGUGGCGUCUCAGCGAUGAAACUGUGAGGAGGGUUGAUGAGGAGGAGGUCCUGGAUCAGGGCAACGUCUUCAUGCUGUUUUACGAUUGCGUCGACCCCAGCAUUCUUCCUUCGUCCGAGGUUGUAGCUGCAGAUGCCGCUGCAGACGCAGAAGAUGAUGAGACGCCAAAAGUGGAGAAGCCUGCGUUUACCUGCACAGUGAAGGAGGUCUCCGAAGACGACGACGACGACGAGUCUGCUAAUGGUAUGGCUACGGUUCACGAGGGAGAUGAUGUGCCGCUACCAGGAGACAAGGAUGCGAGGACGAGUGAAAGAGGACCCCAAAUGAUUGUGGUCUGA